CCGGAAGCUGCGGAGCCGCCAGUGGUGAGAAUCAGCUGCGGCCCCGGCGGGACGCUUCGCUCCGAGCAGCGCACGUGUCUGUGAAGUUUAUCCUUGUUAACCUGAUACCAUGUCGGAGUCUGCAAGGUUCAGAGUGUUCACUCUCAAUUGCUGGGGAAUCCGCUACCUCAGCAAGCUCUGCAGGGAACGCUACGAAAUGAUCGUGCAGUUAUUGAGUCAGGAGAAGUAUGAUGUGGUCCUCCUGCAGGAGGUAUGGAGUGAGCAGGACUACCACUUCUUGAGAUGCAAGUUGACAAGUGCCCAGCCAUAUUCUGUGUACUUCAGAAGUGGCGCAAUAGGAAGCGGACUGUGUGUCUUCUCCAGAUACAGAAUAACUGACUCUUUCCUCUACCGCUACUCCCUAAAUGGCUAUCCUUAUAAGUUGCACCAUGGCGACUGGUUUGGUGGGAAGUCCGUUGGCCUGGUCAUUCUGAAGGUCCAAGGGAUCAUGGUUCAUGUUUAUGUGACUCACCUUCAUGCAGAGUAUUGCAGGGAAAAGGACGAUUAUCUCCCUCACCGUUUGCUGCAGGCUUGGGAGCUGGGGCAAUUCAUACGCCACACAGGCAAAACAGCAGAUGUCACCAUUUUGGGUGGAGAUUUGAACAUGCAUCCCAGUGACCUGGGGAACCGCCUGCUGCAGUGUUACACGGGAAUGAAGGACUCGUUUGUAGAGACCGAGAAGUUUGAGGGCUCUGAGGGAGGAUGCACCCUACAGACUCAGAACUGCUUUGCCUCAGUCGGUGACUCGCUCUCGUUCCCUUCGGGCAUUCGCAUCGACUACAUCCUCUAUAAGGGGUCAAAGGGAUUCCCUGUGAAGUGUGAGCACCUGAUGACCACAAGCGGCACGGCUCCUGGGAAGAACAUUCCAUAUUCGGACCAUGAAGCUGUGUGCGCCACACUGAGUGUCCAGAAAGAUGGGGAUGCUGUAACCGGGCUGGAGCAUGAAGAGAAGACAAAUCCACAGUUGGUGGACAUUCUGAAUGAAGUUCGGGGAGAAGUGAAAAUUGGCAUUCAUGGGGCAGAGAAGAUGCGCUACUCUUCAGGCAGAAUGGCAGUUCUGGGAUUGUUCUUGCUGCUAAUUGAAUGUAUCAUGGCGAUUAUACCCCUCGUCACCACCACAGCUGAGAACUCGUUCCCUAAGGUCUCCUUCUACAUCCUGGGGAUGGUGGCAUUUGCUGUGACGCUGCUUGCCGGAAUCCUGUACGUAUUCCAUACGAUUGAGGUGAAGAUGUUGCAAGGAGCAGAGGACCAAAUGAGGAAUACCAUUCAGGCCCUGCAAGAGCAGCUGGGCCAGUGACGCAGGCCACACUGAAUCUAAGACAUGAAUCAGAUCUGACGUGCACAAUCUAUAGUCAGUGCAGCUCUGAAUGAAGUUGCCUGAUCUCAGUCCUGCAUGUUAGACAUCAGACUUCAUAUUGUCAAGUACACUCCAGGCAGCUGUUCAGUACCAUGGAUGUCGGAGUUCGGUUAAAGUUGUGUGCUUCAUCAUAUUUGAAGCAUGAUCUUAUUGCGCACAUUUCCUGCUGUACUAACCUCAUGGUCGCAUAUUUACUUUCCGCCUUCCCCAGUUGUACUUAACGUUGUCUGGCUAAUCUUAGAGACUCUUCAACCUGGAUGUCAGCUUUGCCCGACCCAUUGUUGUUGGAUAGGGUCACUCUGCAGGUGGAAGGCUUGGAGAUCUGGUGGAAAAAUCCCCCUUCUUCCUGCCAACCCUGAAGGCACGCUCUGAGACCUUUCACUCUCCUGAAACUGAGAACGUAUCAUCCCCCAACAAAAGUGUGUUCAGAUCCCACCAUGGCACUUUGAAUAUUUAAAUUGUUGAUAUACAACAAGAAUUUAUGACCACAAAGAUUUUGGGCUGUUUGGAGAGCAUUCUGUCAGACAGGCCUGAAUGCGGGUUCAAUGACUGAGCAAGGUGGUUGACUCAAUAGAUGCCUGAAGUUAUCUCGUAACCCACUUGGCUGUAUGAAAGAGUGACAAAGGAAUGGAAUAUUUGCCAUCGUCUCAGGGAAGUGGGAGAGGGAAAUAGAUGGCUCCUGUGCCAGAGAUGACCACAUCUUGAAGAGAGCAUCAAGAACUGAAUGGCUAGAUGUAUGAAGUUAAGACCAUUAGACAUAGGAGCAGAAUCAGGCCAAUCGAUCCAUCAAGUGUGUUCCAUCCCUCUCAACCUCAUUCUCCAGCCUUCUCCCUGUAACCUUAAAUGCUCUGACUAAUCAAGAACCUAUCAUCCUUUGCUUUAAAUACACCUGAUGACUUGGCCUCCAUGGCUGUCUGUAGCAAUGAAUUCCACAGAUUCACCACCCUCUGGCUGAAGAAAUCUGAAAUCUGACUUCACCAGGCAUCCCUACUGAGGCUGUGCUCUCUGGUCCUAGACCACACCCCCCCCCCCCACCCACUAUAGGGAACAUCCUCCACAUGUCCAUUCCAUCUAGGCCUUUCAACAUGUAAUAGGUUUCAAUGAGAUGCCCCCCCAUUCUUCUAAACUCCAGUGAAUACAGACCCAGGGCCAUCAGACACACCUCAUAUGUUAACCCUUUCAUUCCCAGAAUCAUACUUGCGAACCACCUCUGGGCCCUCUCCAUUACCAGCGUAUCUUUUCUUAGAUAAAGAUCCUAAACUGUUCACAAUUCUCUGAAGCGUGGUCUGGCUAUUGCUUUAUGAAGCUUCAGCAUUACAUUCUUGCUUUCAUAUUUAGUCCUCUCAAAAUGAAUGCCUACAUCCCAUUUACCUUUUUUAACUCCACCUGUAAGUUAAGACCAUAAAACUAAGGUAUAGGAGCAGAAUUAGGCCGUUUAGCCCAUUUGAAUCUGCUCCGCAAUUUCCUCAUGCCUGAUCCAUUUUCCUCUGUGCACCAAUCUCCUGCCCUCUCCCCGUAUCCCUUCAUGAACUGACCGAUCAAGAAUCUAUCAACCUCUGCCAGAAAGACUUGGCCUCCACAACUGCCCAGGGCAGUGAAUUGCACAGGUUCCACCACUUCCUGGCUAAAGAACUUCCUUCUCAUCUCCGUUCUAAAUGGACGCUCCUCUAUUGUGAGGCUAUCCUCUGGUUUUCGACUUGCCCACAGUUGGAAAAUUCCUCUCCACAACCAUUCUAUCAAGGCCUUUCAACAUUCAGUAGGUUUCAAUGAGGUCACUACUCAUUCUUCUGAAUUCUAGUGAGUGGAGACACAUGGCCAUCAAAUGCUCCUCAUAUGACAAGCCUUUCAAUCCUGGAAUCAUUUUCUAAAUCUCAUUAGGACCCUCUCCAAUGUCAGCACAUCCUUUCUUAGAUAAGGGGCCCAAAACUGCUCACAAUACCCUAAGUGAGGCUUCACCAGUGCUUUAUAAAGCCUCAACAUUACAUCCUUGCUUUUAUAUUCUAGUCCUCUUGAAAUGAAUGUUAACAUCACAUUUGCCUUCCUCACCAUGGACUCAUCCUGCAAAUUAACUUUUAGGGAAUCCUGCACAGAGACUUCUAAGUCCCUUUGAUCCUUAUAUUUUUGAAUUUUCUCUCCAUUUGGAAAAUGGUUUGUUAUUUUUUCUACCAAUGUGCAUGCCCAUACGCUUCCUGAUACACUUUCUUCUGUUGGUUUUUAAAAGCUUUCCUAUCCUCCAGCUUCCUGCUAAUUUUUUCUCUUUUGUAUGUCCUUUUUUUAGCUUUUAUGAUGGCUUUGACUCCUUGUCAGCCUGCCUUUAGAAUACUUCUUCCCCUUUAGGAUAUAUCCUAUCCUGCGCCUUCUGAAUUGCUCCCUGAAAUUCCAGUCAUUGCUUCUCUGCCAUCAUCCCUGCUAGUGUUGCUUUCCAAUCAAUUUUGGCCAGCUCUUCUCUCAUGCCUCUAAUUCCCUUUACUCCACUGUAAUAUUGAUACAUUUGACUUUAGCUUCUCCUUCUCAAUUCUCUCUAAAUCUAUCAUAUUGUGAUCACUGGUUCCUAAGAGCUUAUUUACCUUUAGCUCUCUAAUCAAUUCCUUCGGUGAAUUAACCUGUAGGGAAUCCUGUAUGGGAAUUGCCAGGUCCCUCUGAUUUCUGAAUUUUCUUCACAUUUAGAAAAUGACCUUUAUUGUUUCUACCAAAGUGCAUGGCCAUACACUUCCCUACACUAUAUUCUAUCUACCACUUACUUGCCCAUUCUCCUAAUCUGCCUAAAUUCUACUGCAGACACCCUGUUUCCUCAACAGUAGUGUAACAGUAGUAUUGCCCUUCCAUCUGUCUAUGCAUCAUCCACAAACCUGGCCACAAAGCCAUCUGUAUCACUGACAUAUUACAUGGAAAGAAGUGGUCCCAAAACUGAUCCCUGCAGAACACCAGCAGCCAGCCUUCCAACUGAAACGUGAUUUUCUAUUCUGAAAUAAAUAUUAGGAUGAAUGAGUCACAACAUUUAUCCCAUCUUUGGAGAUGACAGGAAGAAAUUUAUACAAGAUGUUUGUUUUUGCAGUUCAAGGGGUCUUCUCUGGUGAUGUUCUAAUUGGAUGAAAACUAAUAGCCCAAUCCAUCCUGGGUAAAACACAUUUAAGGACCAAAGAUCUCUUGAUCUUACUUUCUCCGAUGUAUAAUUUUUCACAAUUAUGGUCUAUCCACCCAGCACUUAAUCUCCAGUGGCCAGUAAAUAACUUAAGAUACUCACAAUGGCUAAAUCUGAAAUAUCUGAUCCAAAAUGUAAUUGGUGGAAGCUAACAAAAUUUCACUUUGAAUCACAACCAUGACCAUUAUAACUUUCAGGCUGGCUUCACUUAGACUGGGUUUGUUGAGGUCUGGUCUCAGUCUUCACUCACACUCUCGCUCAGAUAAUUUCACAUCCUAUUUUAAACUGUGGUCCCUGGUUUAGAGUUCACUGGGUAUCUUUGGCAUCUGUUCUACACGUCAUCUAAUAUGGGAGGGAAGGAAAUCUGCUUCCUACUUGAGCCUUCCGAGUCUUAUAUUGGCUACUUCUGAGCUCGUGUGUUUCAAUUAGAACCACUGUUUAGUUUUGUUUAAUGCACAAUUUCCAGGCGCUUAAAGAUCAGAAAUAUCUGUGAUCAUGUUAUGGACAUUUCAGAUGUGGGAUAAUCAAAUCUUCACCUCUCUGAACUUUUGCCAAAUGUGACUUUGCACGUAGAGAUAGAAAUAUAGAAAUUGUGACAGGGACACAAGGUUUUUCAUCCUUUCUAGUUAUAUUUUCUGGUCACAAUUAAACAGGACAAAAGGAGUCAGUCUGAUCAUUUAAAUAAGGAAUUUGUAUAAGGAAGGAAUUUGUUGAGGUGUUUAUGAUAAUAUUGGAGAUGGUAAGAAACUGAAUCCAGAGUCCAGGGCAAAGGUGCAUAUUGUCAAAACCAGUGCUGGCCUUAUUUAGAGUAAUGUCAAAAAGCAUAUCUUCAAUAAAAGCAUGGAAUCAAACUCCUUCCCACACUCAACUACAUUUUGAACCAAAGUUUUGUUUUGUGGAAUCUCUUUCCAUUUAGGUAAUCUGCUUCUAGUUAUUCUUCAAUUCCAAUUUCACGAUUUUCCCCAUUAUAUUUCAGUGAUCUGAAUUUUGUUCAUCCACUGGAUCUGUCAAACUUAGUUCACUUCUCCACUUUGUGAUCAAACUGUUUAGCAGCCCUAUAUUCAGCACCUUCACUCCAAAAACUGAGGCUGUCUGGUGCAAAAGUAUUAUCUAUGUUUGCUACUUGUUUCCUGUUAUCCACCUAAAUGUAUGUCUGCUACAAUACGUUAGCUCCUGUACUUAUAAUCUUUCAUUAUACUACUGCGGAAAGGUCUCAUCAAAGUACAACUCUAGCUGAAAGGAAAACAUUAGUGGAGUCCAAGACCAUUGUGCUCGUAUUGUUCAACCAACAGCAAUGUAAGAUACAUGAGACAUGGACAGGCCUUGAAGAACUGCUUAGUGAACAAAAAAAUAGCUGGUCUACUAAGAGCCCUUUAGUUAUCUUAUGGAUUUUGACCUAACACUUUGUUACCCAGAGUUCCUUGACAUGUAACACAUGGGUUUGCUGCCAGGGUGAAUGUUUCCUGUUGAUUUAAUCAAGUGACUUAAUGUUUUUAAACACCACACUUCGAAGUUUGGCAAUGAUUGCCUUGAACUGCCAUGCUUGCAGCACAAGUCUUUCUCACACCAUUCCUAAGGGAGCAGAUUCCAUCUACUUCAUCCCUGGUCAGUAAUGUUAAAUAUACUGUAUAUUCAUAUUAGAAUAUUGUACCCUCAGUGACAACUUUAUUAGCUGUCUCCUGUGCCUAAUAAAGUGGCCAUUGGGUGUAUAUUCAUGGGUCUUCUGCUGCUGUAGCCCAUCCACUUCAAGGUUUGAAGUGUUGUAAAUUCAGCCGUGUUGUAAUGUGGUUAUUUGAGGUCUUGUUGACUUCCUGUCAGCUUGAACCCGCCUGGCCAUUCACCUCUGACCUCUCUCAUUAACAAGAUGUUUUCACCCACAGAUUCACCGCUCACUGGAUGUUGUUUAUCACACCAAUCUUUGUAAACUCUACAGACAGCUGUCCUAACAGAUCAGUUUCUGAGAUACUCAAGCCACCCUAUCUGGCACCAACAUUCAUUCCAUGGUCAGAGUCACUUGGAUCACAUUUCUUCCCUAUUCUGAUGUUUGAUCUGAACAACAACUGAAUGUCCUGACCAUGCCUCGAAGCUUUUAAGGAUUGAAUUGCUGCCACAUGAUUGGCUGAUUAGAUAUUUGCGUUAACAAGCAGGUGUUUAGGUGUACAUAAUAAAAUUCACUGGAAUAAAUUGCAAAUGAAGAACAUAUCAAACUAUUAGUUUAUGCAAUGCCUGUAAAAAGUAUUCAUCCCCCUCCCCAGGGGUUUUCAUGUUUUAUUGUUUCACAACGUUGAAUUACAGUGGAUUUAAUUUGGCUUUUUUUUGACACUGACCAACAGAAAAAGGCUCUUUCGUGUCAAAGUGAAAAUGGAUUUCUACAAAAUUAUCUAAAUUAAUUACAAAAAUAAAACACAAAAUAAUUGAUUGUAGAAGUAUUCAGCCCCUUUAAUAUGACACACCAAAUUAUCACUGGUGCAGCCAGUGGGUUUUAGGAGUCACAUCAUUGGUUAAGGUGUACUAGCUAUAUAUAAACCUGUGUGCAGUCAAGGUGUUUCAAUUGAUUGUAGUAAAAUACACUUGUGUAUAUAUAAGGUCCAACUGCUGGUGAGUCAGUAUCCUGGCAAAAACUACACCAUGAAGACAAAAGAACACUCUAAGCAACUCUGUGAAAAUGUUAUUGAAAGCACAAGUCAGGAGACGGAUACAAGAAAAUUUCCAAGUCACUGAAUAUCCCUUGGAGUACAGUUAAGUCAUGGAAAGAAUAUGGCACAGCUGUAAAUCUGCCUAGAGCAGGCCAUCCUCAAAAACUGAGUGACCGUACAAGAAGGGGAUUAGUGAGGGAGGCCACUAAGCCACCUAUGACGUCUCUGGAGGAGAUACCAGCUUUAGUGGCUGAGAUGAGUAGACUGCACAUACAACUGUUGCCCAAGUGCUUCACAAGUCAGCUUUAUGGGAGAGUGGCAAAGAGAAAGCCACUGUUAGGGGAAAAGAUCUCACAUGAAAUAUCAUCUAGAGUUUGCCAGAAGCAUGUGGGAGAGUGAAGUCAGCUGGAAAAAAGGUUCUAUGGUCUGAUGAAACCAAAAUUGAACUCUUUGGCCAUCAGACUAAACACUGCACAUCAUCAAAAACACACCAUCCCUACCGUGAAGCACGGUGGUGGCUGCAUCAUGCUGUGGGGAUGCCUCACUGGAGCAGAUCCCAUCAGGCUUGGGAAGAUAGAGGGUGAAAUGAAUGCAGCAAAAUACAGGGAAAACCUGAUGCAGUCUGCAAGAGAACUGCGACUUGGGAGAAAAUUAAUUUUCCAGCAAGUCAAUGACCCCAAGUAUAAAGCCAAAGUUACACAUGAAUAGCUUAAAAACAACAAAGUUCAUGUCCUGGAGAGGCCAAGUCAGAGCCCAGACCUCAAUCCAAUUGAGAAUUUGUGGCUGGACUUGAAAAGGGCUGUUCACUCACAAUCCCCAUACAAUCUGACAGAGCCUGAGUAGUUUUGUAAAGAAGAAUGGGGGAAAAUUGCAGUGUCCAGAUGUACAAAGCUGAUCGAGACCUACCCACACAGACUCAAGGCUGUAAUUGCUGCUGAAGGUGCAUCUAUUGAAUACUGACUUGAAAGAAAUGAGUUAUCAUGCAAUUAAUUAUUUUGUGUUUAAUAUGUAGUAAAUUUAGACCAAUUUGUAAAAAGUUGUUUUCACUUUGAUACAAAAGUCUUUUUGUUGAUCAGACAAGUCAAAUUAAAUCCACUGAUGUUCAAAGUUAUAAAACAUGAAAACUUCCCAGUGGUGGGAAGUUGCUGCUGUAGGGAGACAAUUUUUGGCAAGUUUUGGCUUCUUUUUCUGCACUAUUACCUUUACUUUUGGAGCACUGGAACCCAUACACAUUAUCCAAUUGAGGGCUAUCUUGCGUCAUAAGCAUUAGCCAUAUUGCAAUGCAGAAGUCUUUGACAAAUGGAAACGAAUUUCAGUUGUCACCUGUGUAUGUAUAGAACAACGACGUAAUUGUAUUGAGUCGUGCAUUGUGGAUCUGUAAUCUUUUUCUGUUGAAGACUUCACAUUGGAUCAUGAGACCACUUCUACAUUAAGCCACUUGAAUGGUGGAAGAAGUGUUAUUUACAGUAUAUGUACUUUAUCCAAAGUGGGAAGUUAUGAAUACUUAAAACAAUUGUUGAAAACAUCAACAGGUAUUAUGGAUAUUGCUUCUCACAAAUUAAGAUCUGAGGAAACGUCCAAUAACUAAAACUUGAACAGUGAAGUUGGUUUCUGCGAAUAGUGUUUGCCCAACACAAAACAGGCUAAGAAAGCAGCUGCAGGAUUACAGUCAUGCAAGGUUGUAAACCAUUAGAUUAGCAUGGGCAUUGUCUGGCAUACAUUCCUGUGUGAGCCUUUCCUCCUGCAGGGAGAAUCACUUUAAUGUUCCAUAAUUGCUCUUUAGGGGCCUGAUUCUCUGCUCUUUUUGAGGGAUUUUUACAGGUGAACUUGUAAUUUUUUCUUUGGCAUGUAAAAUAGACCAAGUUCAGGUAAAGGACCACGUAUACAGUAAUACAUUCAGUGGGCUGAUAUUCAUUUUGUAUGUCUCUGUGGCAUUAAUACUUUCUGUAAUUUACCCCACUAAUGCUCUUCAACUUUGUACAUUCCUAAUUGCACCUUAAAUACACAUUCAUUUUCAACAAUAGUCAUCUCUGGGCCAUUGGAAUAAAAUUGCCUGUUCAGUAUCAAUCAGUCACAGUUUUAACAAUAAAUCCAUUUUAAUUGGGAGCUGGUUGAGUCUGACCAAAACUUUUUUUGUGUUGGGCAAAUACCAUCAACAAAUCAAACCUUCCUUCUAUCAGGUUUGGCAUUCAUUGAAAACGUCUGUGUGUCCUACAGUAUUAAAAGGGAAGAACAAAGUACUUAGCUUAAACUGAACUUCCUAAAGAAACUCUCAUCUCUUUAAUGAAUUGCACUGUAUACUGUAUUAUUAAAUUCACAUGGAAACCCUUGUUCACAAAUAAACACAUUUUACAAUUUAGCUACAAUCCAUAAAUUCCUGUAUGCUGCACUGUACCUUUAAUUAAGAAAUUGUUCCACUUGUAGAUGCUUAUUAAUCUCAGGAAUACCAUUGUUUGAAAAUUAAUCAUUCCUUUACCUGUUUUUUGAUUUGCUGUAAUAAAGAUGUUCUGCAGCCUGCAAGGACAUAAUAAAGCUUUAAAUCCAA